AUGGAGAGCCCAUCGUGGAUGACUACUGUCGUUGUCGGCAUCGACUUUGGCAUGAGAACACUGCUGUGGCAUAUUCGACAGCUCCAGAAUGGGCUUGACCCAUCUGUUGGGUACGAUGCCAACAAGAGGUUGCUUGAUGAGUGGCUCAGCGAAGUCGGCUUUGCCAACUACUACAAUCGCAAGAUCAGGAUUUCUCAGACAGAGGCCGAAGCAGCAGCGGUAUACGCGGCAAAGCAGAGCUUUACCACUGGCAAUAUCAUUAUAGUUGUCGAUGUUAGUGGGUGCAUAACCGACAUCAACAUUCUUGAGAUCAACAAGCAUAGUUCCGAAAGAACACAGCUGGUAGCACUCAACAAAGCCGAAGGUGUCAACGUUGGCUCGAUCUUGAUCGACGGUGAGGCAGAGCAAUUGGUCAAGCAGCGACUGCAUGCUUUGAAUGUUAGCGGAAACGACGAUGACAUCCACUGGCUCGCAAAAGACAUGUUGAAGGAGGUCAACUUCGAGGCAAUGAAGUGCGCCUUCGAUGGAUCACCCACGCAAAUAAGCACGAUCAUGACAAUACCUCCAGAAGGGCUUCCUGCGGCACGACAAGGCGUUCCUCAGAAAAUUAAGAUCACAGCGGCAGAGCUACGAACAUUCUUUGACAGACAGAUACAGAUUAUGUUCGAAAGCAUUCAUCACCAGAUACGCGAACUGAUCAGAGAAAAGCCCAAUGUGACAGUGAAUUUCAUUGUGCUCUCUGGUGGGCUCGGCUCUUCUGGAUAUGUCCGGAGUUGCUUGGAGGCGGAGUUCAACAAUAGCAAAGUGCUUUGUGCGUUUGAGCCACAGCUCGCUGUUGCCAAAGGCCUUAUCAUGGAUCGAACACAGGCUCUGAGUCGAGGGGUCGUCACAUAUGGCGUCUUGAACAGGGGGCUUUGUGACAAUGGGGUACUAUCAGGCUCCUGCAUGACAUUCCCGCCAUAUGAAGCAUAG